UUCUCUCGCUUCUUCUUCUCGGAUUCCUAAAUAUUAUCAUUCAUUCAUCAUCCUCCCAACUCAUUGGCUCUCUUCUCUCCUCUCCUUUGCCUAUUUUCUAAAAUCUUCUCCGGCCACCCACCGGCCACCUUAUGAUCUUUUUGGUGGCGGCGAUUACACCAUCAAUUUGUUAGUUUAUUUAUAUAUUAAUAUGGGUUGCGGUGGCUCGAGGCUUGGAGGUGUGGCGACGACAAGGGCGGAAGAAGGCGGGGUUGUGCCACUUCCAGCGGGAAUACGUCCCCUUCUCCGGCGAAGGUUAGAGGAGAUGAAGAAACGGAGCCAUGCAGGCGUCUUGAAAGGGAGCCAGACGUUGUCUAAGAAAGAGCUUCUUAGGCAUAACUCUUCCGAGGACGGAGAAGAUACGGAGGAGAACGACGGUAGCUUGAAGGCGUCCGCUAAGGUUGCUCCGGCGCCUGAUCAUAAUGUAGAAGAGAAGAAAGAGGUUAUUUAUGAAAAGAUUCCAUCCAAAGAUGAUGUUAAAGAGGUGAAGGAAGAAGUAGUUGUGAACAAACAAGAAGAGGACAAUCAUCAUCAAGAUGUUGUGGAGAAACAAGAGGAGGAAAAUAAAGAGGUUGUGAAGAAGCAAGAGGAGGAAAAUCAUGAUGAUGAUGUGGUCGUCAUCAAUGUUAAGAAGGAAGGAGAUGAUGGUAAGAAUCAUGAUGUUGAUGAAGGGAGUAUCAACAACUUUGAUGAGAGAAUGAUUGGUCCUGGAUCUCCAAGCUUUAGGGUUUAUUGCGUCGAUGUUCCUUCUGAUGAUGAUGAUGAAGAAAAAGAUGUAGAAGACGCGAGAAAGUCGAUGGAAACCGAAAGCGUCACGACAGAGAUAAAAGAGGACGGAAGCAUUGUCAAAAAGGAGAAAAAAGAAAGAAGAGGAAAGAGGUUCGGAAUCGCAUUGCCGAGGAAGUAUUUAGCAAAUGUGACUGCGCCGUGCUAUGCAGGUGGAGGAUGCAUGGGAAACACUCAUUCUCGUUUGGUGCAAGAGAAAUCGAGCCAGUGAUCGAUCAAAAUAUGUUUGCCAUCUUUGCAUUGACUGAUUUGUUGAAGUAAGAAUGGUGUGGUGUACGUACGGGAUCACGAUGAAUAAUCAAAACCACCUUACGAUUUUAGACCUUUGAUUUGUUUUAAGAGACGCUUGUUUCAGAAUUUGUACAACCUCUUCUUCUUCACCUUUGCUUUCUUUGAUCAGGAUAAUUAAGUUAGUGUUUGACGAAUUUACUUUUUUCCACGUGGAAAGAUGUAAUUAAUUGAACUUGUGCAAUAAAAAAAGUGUUGUCUAAAUGUCAAAUUUAUUGUUACAUUAACCAAUGAAAAUAAAAUUAGAGUAACAUAUAGGAAACU